CGCAACGCGUCCCCCAACAACUCGCCCCCCCCCCCCUCUCUUCCUCCACCCCAUUUCGGCGUCCGUUUCUCGCCGCCGCCGCCGUGGUAGUAUCCUCCUCCUCCUCGCGAGCUCCGGAAAGCUCCAGCCGAGGCCAUUGCGUUCCUCGCCUCCAUGCCCGGAUCCCAGUAGAUCCCCCCUCCCUCAACCAGCGCGAGGUCGCGGGGGGCGUGCGGGCGGCGGCGGCAUGGCGUCCGUGGCGGAGCUCAAGGAGAAGCACGCGGCGGCCACGGCGUCGGUGAACUCCCUGCGGGAGCGGCUCCGUCAGAGGCGGCAGAUGCUGCUCGACACCGACGUGGAGAGGUACUCGAGGACGCAGGGGCGGACGCCGGUGAGCUUCAACCCGACGGAUCUGGUGUGCUGCCGCACGCUUCAAGGCCACAGCGGAAAGGUAUAUUCUCUGGAUUGGACCCCUGAAAAGAAUUGGAUAGUCAGUGCCUCACAAGAUGGAAGGCUAAUUGUAUGGAAUGCAUUAACAAGUCAAAAAACACAUGCCAUAAAGUUACAUUGCCCAUGGGUGAUGACAUGUGCAUUUGCACCCAAUGGCCAAUCUGUUGCCUGUGGUGGUCUUGACAGCGCAUGCUCUAUCUUCAAUCUUAACUCACAAGCAGACAGAGAUGGGAAUAUACCAGUAUCAAGAAUACUUACCGGACACAAAGGCUAUGUUUCAUCCUGUCAGUAUGUCCCAGAUCAGGAAACCCGCCUAAUUACUAGCUCUGGUGAUCAAACAUGUGUCCUGUGGGAUGUUACUACUGGCCAAAGGAUAUCAAUAUUUGGCGGUGAAUUCCCAUCAGGGCAUACGGCAGAUGUUUUGAGCUUGUCCAUAAACUCAUCAAAUUCGAAUAUGUUUGUUUCGGGUUCAUGUGAUGCAACUGUAAGGCUGUGGGAUAUCAGAAUUGCAAGCCGGGCAGUUAGAACAUAUCAUGGUCAUGAGGGUGACAUUAACAGUGUCAAGUUUUUCCCUGAUGGCCAGAGGUUUGGUACUGGUUCAGAUGAUGGAACGUGUAGAUUAUUUGACGUGAGAACAGGGCACCAACUUCAAGUAUACAGUCGGGAACCUGAUAGAAAUGAUAAUGAACUCCCAACUGUUACAUCUAUUGCAUUUUCGAUAUCAGGAAGGCUUCUUUUUGCUGGAUACUCCAAUGGUGACUGUUAUGUGUGGGACACACUUCUCGCUGAGGUGGUACUUAAUUUGGGAAACCUCCAAAACUCUCAUGAGGGGCGUAUAAGCUGCCUUGGUCUUUCUUCUGAUGGGAGUGCAUUGUGUACAGGAAGUUGGGACAAGAAUUUGAAGAUUUGGGCCUUCAGCGGACACCGGAAAAUAGUUUGAAGGACAGUUUUCUUCCUGUGUUGUUGUAAGUUCCUUGUGUUAAGAAUUACGACCAACUCGAUGGGCUAUGGAAAUCAGUUUGUUGGUCUUGUAGCAUAGAAUCAGGCAAUCAGCUGUAUCAUAUCCUAAUGUCCAGUGGAAAAAUGCAAUCUGUUGUCUUGGCAAGACGUGUGCUCUGACUCACCGUGUUAAGUUGAUGUAGUGUUUAUAUUACCAGAAAGCAUCAUCCAUUCGGAUCGGUCUCUUCUUGUUGUAUAACUUCUUUUUGUAGUAGAAAGCUACCAACUUUUGCAUUUGUAUUUCACAACUGAUUAUGAAUUUGUCCCUUUCCAAGUCAGGCAUAUCAGCUGUCCAUUGUACUGUGCUGCUUGUGCA